AUGUGGCCGAACAGCCUCAGUGGAGCCGCUGGUUGUGGCGGUGGUACUGGAGCUGAUCUUGGUGGUUUAACAGCAGCAUCAACAACAUCACCCACUGAUCUAUUCGGCCCAGCGGGAUUUGGCGCAUCCGCCGCAAAUCCAUACGGAGCCCUGAAAUCAUCCCCUUAUGUCGGUGCACUCGGCAUGCCACCCAUCGAAGCACUCCACGGAACCAUCGGCUAUCCCGGUUGUACUCCCGCCGGUGAGUCGUACUACUGUAAUCCGAGAAAACAGAGGAGAGAGAGGACGACGUUUAGUAGGGCACAGCUCGAUAUACUUGAAGGGCUUUUCUCCAAGACUCGGUAUCCGGACAUAUUCAUGAGGGAAGAGGUCGCCGUGAAGAUUAAUUUACCUGAAUCCAGAGUACAGGUCUGGUUUAAGAAUCGUCGCGCAAAAUGUAGACAACAGCAGAAGCAGCAGCAACAAGCGCAGGAGAAAGCCCCGCGAUCUAAAAAGCCGUCCGGCAACCCCGUGAGCAAUCCCACAGCCGGCAAGAGUCCCUCGAUAGCAACCACCCCAACAUCAUCAGCGGCUGUUCCAGCAACGACACCACUAAGCGGCGGUACCGGGGGCUCCGCUGCAAGUUCACCAACUCUGUUGAGGGACUCCCCGCAAUACAAACCCGCUGGUGGCGCCACCGGCCUGUUGUUCGCUGCUAGUACCACACCACCCAGUUUGGGUGGAACAGUCUACAGCAGUGGUGGUAGCAGCAGUAGUAUCUGGAGUCCAGCAAUAACGGAAAAUGGUGGAACAUUUCCUGGAGAUCAUCAGAGGCUCGCGUGGACCACCACAGCCUCUCAACAACAGUGUUAUCAGAAUUACUCGUCAUAUUAUUCUAACAUGGAGUACCUUUCGCCCGCUCCCCAUCAAUUAAAUGUAGUGGAUACUGGAGCUGGUAGUCUCGACAAUACGUGGAGCAAAACACGGGACGAAAAUACCUCUUCGUGGUUUUACAAUAGCGCCGGUUGGGGUGAACGAAAGUGAACAUAACAGAAUUUUUUUUAGGGU